CUUCUCAGGUGAUCCAUGUGAGACACUGCUUCUGCUGUAUGAGUUUGAAGUUAAAGCCAAAAUGAAUGAUCCAUUACUUGACAGUUUCCUGGAAUCACUGUGGGAACUGCCUCAUUUGGAAAGUAAAACAUUUGAAACAAUUGCCUUGUUAGCAGUGGAAAAGCCUGCACACUAUCCUUCCAUUGCUCUGAAGGCCUUGAAUAGGGCUUUAUUGCUCUACAAAGAGAAACAAUCAAUUGAUGCUGUGAAAUACAGCAAAUGUGUGCGAAACUUGAUUAACCUCUUGGUGCCAGAUGGGGUGCCAAGUACAGAACUCUGUCCCCCAGAAGAAAUUUGGGGUUAUUUUGAAGAUGCUCUGAGCUUUAUUAGCCACACCGAAGACUACCCAGAAUCAGAGACUCUCUGGCUGAUGGUCAAGUCCUGGAAUAUUGGGAUAUAUAUGUACGGCGGAAAGAAGUAUGUAUCUGCAGAAAAGUGGUGUGACCUUUCACUGCGUUUUCUUGACCACCUUGGCUCCCUCAAGAGAAACUAUGAAACUCAGAUGAAUACUCUGUAUGGCGAGCUGGUGGAAGCAUUAAGCAAAAGCAGGGGCUCAGUUUUCAACGAAGAGUGAGAAGAGCUGGAAUAAGGCAUCUGAGCAGGCAAGCUGACAUCUACUUGAAGAUGUUGAAUACCUAAAUUCUUGCCAGACUUUAUCUUGAGUUCUUGUUUCUGUUUUUUCAAACCCUGUUUUCUUGCUGUUACGUGAAAUUUUCUGAAUUAAAGCAUUUUGACUGUUA